UACAGGGACUCAAGGCGGCUUACAAAUCUAAAACGGUCCAACAGGACAUCAGGUGAACGUUUUGUGUUCAGGAUGCAGAAAACGCCUCUACCUUGUCAUGUGCACACAAGAUCAUGCCUCUUGAUAACAGAUAAGCAUAUGUGACCAUGGGGAUGGUUAUGAUGGGUUGGCUUCUGUGUGCCCAUUACAAACAGUCUGCUUUGAAUAUAACAUCUUCAGUUAUGUUGAUAUAUACUUUAUAUCUUUAAUUCAGACAGGAUGGAGAGAUCAGUGGACAAGCAAUUUGCUGUCCUUCCCUCCCAUGCCCAUGUAUGCAAAUAAUAUUAUUCUUAUUGAGAAUUAAGGCUGCAAGCCUCUACAUGUUGACUUGGAAGUCAGUUCAGUUAAACCCAAAGGGGGAUUACAGCAGAGUAGCAUGCUAAAGAUUAGCCUUUUAUCACUGCUGACAAACUUUGCAGCCAGCAAGGGUUUCCAAACCUUGACUUAUCAGUAUUGCUGCCAACAGCUAGUGUCUUUAAAGAAGGGCCAGGACAGAAGUACGUUCAGAAAUCACACAAUGCACUUUUUAAAGCCCUUUUGCGUUGUCUUAUUGUAGUUACUUAUGGAGAGCAUUGUUAAGUCUCCAUAUGCUCAGUGGCACUCUUGUUGUACUCACUACUUCAAUACUGAAAGCCUGAAAACAAAGUUUUGGAACUGAGUCCUGGUGAGUCAUAGCACAUGUUAAGCCUCUAUUGCUUUUAUUCAUAGCUCUGGGACCAUAAAGACAUUGUGCGAGAUACAUAAGAGCUUGGGAGAUUUGUAGUUUAGUUCAGGCAGAUAAAUGAAGCAUAAUAGGAGAGCACUUGUGAAUAUUUAUUUAUUUAUUGCACUUAUAUCCUGCCUUUCUCUCAGAACGGGAUCCAAGGAGAGUUACGAUAGAUAGUUUAAAAAAACAGUAUCAGCUAAAACAUUGAUUAGAGAAGUUAAAAGAGAAUUAAAUAACAGUGUUAUAAAAAUGUGGGUAAACAAUUAAAAACCCUUAAAACAUAUUUACAGUUUAAUUCAUUUAAAGAUUAAAAGAUUUUUAAAAUAUAGCUCACCACAGUAUACAUACAAUAACUUACGUUACUGAAUGUGUAGUAUCUGAGGAUAGGUCAGAGAAAACAAGAAAAUAGUAGAUUAAUAAACUGGAUAGAUUUAGAAAUGAGCUGAAGACUACAGUAUAUUUUUUUUCAUUGUGGAAGUUGAAAGUAGAGUCAGCAUAGACAAGCAUACGUAAUUAAGAUCUGUGUCCUAACUAGGGGCUCUUUCACACUUGUAGCACAACGAUUCCACCUUAGCUGCCAUGACAACAUGCUAUAGAAUCCUAGAGUUUGCAAUUUGGAGAGUGCCAUUUAGAUUUAUCUUGUGCCUCUCACCAAACUACAAAUCCCAGGAUUCCAUAGUAAUAAUGGUAUAGUAUGAAAGACCCAGGGACAUUUUCCUCUCUCAUCUCUAGUUAAGGAAGUCUAGUACGUCUUUCAAAUACUACAAAACAUGUCAGCGAAAUCCACUUGUUAAUGAAAGUUUGAUUUAUUCUUAUCUUCCAUAUCCUGAGCCUGACCAUCUAGCUCAGGAUGGGAAUUACGUAGACUUCCAAAUACUUCUGGACUACAGCUUCCAGCAUUUCACUCUAUUGGCUUUGCUGGAUAUGGCAUAUAGAAGCUGCAGCCGAGCAACAUGUCUCUACCUAGAGAUGGUGAGGAUUGAAGCUGGGACCUUUUCCAGGCUAAACAUAUGCCCUGUCACCUUCCCUGACUUAGCGGAAGGAAUGUGAGAGACCAGUGCCUGCUCUGAGACCAUUCACUUCUAGGCCCAACUAGAGUAAAAGUUUAGCUUUGGGGGCAUGUGAGAGCCACCAUGGUGUAGUGAUUUGAGCAUUGGACUACGACUCUGGAGACCAAGGUUCAAAUCCCAGCUGAGCUAUGUAAAUCCACUGAGUGACCUCGGGCAAGUCACCCUCUCUCCCAGAAGAUGGCAAUGGCACAGCCUCUCUGCUGAAACUUGAUAGGGUUGCCAUAAGUUGGAAACGACUUGAAGGUACACAUCAGCAAGAAAGUUUCAUGUCACCUCUAUGGUAUUCCAUGAUUCACUGGAGUUGUUCAUUUUUGCUGUUGACUGAUUGGUUUGAGGUGCCCUCUUUGCUCAUUAAAGCGCAAGAUGAUGGAUUUCCUACUGAUGAGUUGAUGCAACUGAAGCCACAUCCAGUCUAGCCUCCUCAUUGACUUAAGAAACCUCCAUCUAAAGGUUGCAAAAUGACAGACGAGCCUAUCAAAGAGAUCUUGGGGGGUUCCAAAUGUCCCCAGUGUGCGACACUGGAGAAAAUCAACAACAAUGACUGCAGGGUCACCACUGUCCCACUGGUGAGUGAAUGCCAGCUGACAGCCGCCACGGGGGGAGCAGAACUCUCCUGUUACCGUUGCACUGUCCCAUUUGGAGUGGUGAUCCUCAUUGCUGGAGUGGUGGUCACAGCUGUGGCAUACAGCUUCAACUCUCAUGGAUCCAUUAUCUCUGUGCUUGGAUUGUUCUUAUUGUCAUCGGGACUCCUUUUGUUGGCCUCGAGCGCACUGUGCUGGAAAAUCAGACAACGGAACAAGAAGGGAAAGAGGCGUGAGAGCCAGACAGCUCUAGUGGCAAAUCAGAGGAGCCUCUUUGCUUAAAAACUGCAAGUGAAAAGAAAUAAGCAAGAGCAGAGGAUUAUUUGAUAAAAGCAUCUAUUUAUUUGCAGUUGGGCUGCUGGGUCAUUGAAGAAUGGCUGAAGUGGAUUAUAAAUGAGAGCUAAAAACCUGUGGAAAGUUCAGGGGUCUUCACUAUCUAUUUUGUCACAAAAACUUCUCAAGAUGCUCUGAUAUUCUGGGAUUUUAUUUUUUUCUGACAAAUUAUUUUUACUUGUUUCAUUUACCCCAGUAAGCAUUACGAAGUUUGAAUGUUGAUGUUUUCACACUCUUACAAGAAAAUCAAGCCCCAUUCAGUGGUUUAUAGUGCAAGAGAGGCCAAAUCUCCACAUGAGAGUGCCUACACAGAAAAUGAACAAAACAUUAUGGUGAAAGAUAGCAGUGGCCAACUGAUAACAAGCAUUUUUAAGAUUGACUUUAGGUCAUAGAAAGAAGGUAAUGUGCAGUAAAACUAUCAUGUGGGAGAACUGUAGAAGUAAUAUGCAUGCAAGUCACAAAUAGCUACAUUUAACAUUCUUCCCCUGUCUUCUGUAAAAAAAACUUGGGGAGAAGUUUACAUAGGUCAUUUUCUUCAUGGCAAAGAGUCAUUGAGAGAGAUCUCUUCUAUGUCUUACAAUUACCAUUUCAGUAGCUUGUGAUGGUGAAUUCUGUACACUACUGAAAAGAAGUGGUCAAAGAAGGGGUAUAGUACUCCCCUCACCAGCUGUCUCUCUGUUGCAAAUUAUCCUAAGGAAAAAUGGCCUUUGGUCUUUUGUUACAGGUGACAUGUCAUGUGUAAUAUAUAGAUCCAGCUUAGGGGGCAAUCUUCUGAAAUUAAAAAUAACAGUUUAUUACAAUGACAUGUUAAUUGUGUGAUCAUUUGGUUUAUAUAGAAGGAAAUCAAAAAACCUCCUUGCCUCCCAUCGCUAGAGAAAGCAGCCUUGAAAUCUUGUAUUUCCCCUACUGCUCUUCCAACACAGGAAGAAGUUGGUAUGCUAUCCUCUCCCCAAACUUUUUUUGUCUUCUAAAGCAGUGGUUCCCAACCUGUGGGACGGGACCCCUUUGGGGGUUGAAUGACCCCUUCAUGGGGGUCGCCUAAGACCACUGGAAAACACCUAUUUAAUUACAGUUAUGAAGUAGCAACGAAAAUAAUUUUUUGGGUUUGGGUCACCACAACAUGCGGAACUGUAAUAAAGGGUCGCGGCAUUAGGAAGGUUAGGUAUCACUGUUCUAAAGUAUUAUCAAAUUCUUGGACAGUGUUGGAGAAGAAUGUGAGGAAAAUCAAGGGAAUGAUUCAAACACACCAAAAAGUGUCAGGAGCCUACUCCAAAGUCAUGUUCACUAAGUGCUUCAUGAUGCUGGUUUGGUUUCUUUUUCAAGACGAGAAGCCUAGAUGUGGCUUUGAUUGACAUAGCACUGUUUAUUUUUAUUUUUUUUAAAAGAAACUGUGAUAGUUGUAUCAGCCAGUACAUGGAUAUCAGCUCAGCUCUUGAUUUUGUUCCUAUAAUGUUCCUAUUAUCUGUGGUACUUUUUUAAAAAAAAAAGUAAUAUUGAACACAUUAUUAUUAUUAUUAUUAUUAUUAUUAUUAUUAUUAUUAUUAUUGGGGCUGUUAUUGCUUAUACACAGAUUGCUCUAUGUACUUAUUUGCCUAAAGUCAACUGCAAGGUAUGUGUAGAGCUCAAAAUGUGCCUCCCCUUUCCUUUUGAUAAAUGUAACUAUUAUAAUGCUGUCAUACUUAGCACUUUGGGGUGGUUUUGAUAUUGAAAUCUGGGUUUUUAGACAUUGUACCCUUCAUUUUGAAAUAAUAAACAACCCUUGCUGCUAGAGCUUUAGAAAAUGAAAUCAAUUCAAUUCUGAGCUAGAGUUGUUUGCUUUGGAUCCAUUGCAGAAGAACGGUGUAUGCUCAUAUGAUGGUAAAUGCACAGACAUAGCCAGAGCCUGCUUACCUUCCAAAAUUAAAUAACAGGUGUGUUCAGACUGGUAUGGUAUCUAAUGCAUGAAUCAUUCUAUAGCAGGGGUGGAAAAUACAGUGGACCCUUGUUAUAUGCUGCGGUUUGUUUCCAGUAUCCCCCAGGUAUAACAAUCCCUGUAUGCUCUAGUCCCAUUAAAUAUAAUGACAUAGCAAAAUGGUGUCCUUUAUAAAAAAUGGAACAUCAAGGUUUGAUAUUUGAAAUAUAUACUUUUUAAAAACAUUUUCAAACUGUGGAUGCUUGAAUCCGUGUAUUAAAAAAUACAUGUAUAAGAAGGUCUGACUGUAUGUGCAUCAUUCCAGAUGCAUUUAACUUCAGAUCCCAUGAUCUCUUACCCUUGGCUGUGCUGGCUAUGGUAGUUCAGAGCUAUAAUUCCAGGACAUUUUGAGGGUUGUGAAGUCCUCAUCCCUGUUCUGUAAAAGGAAGAAAGUAUGUCAUUCAUUGAAAUCAAGGACAAUUGUGGAUAGAUUUUACAGGUAAUAUUUUUAAGACAUAAGGUCCAUAUAAAGAUGUAGACUUUAUUGUGUCGCAAGAAACUUUUUGAUGCACUAAUCACUUUAAAAAGGAAAUUUUGCAGAGAGUUGUUCUAUUUGGGGAGUGUAAUCAUAAUUUAAUAAAAUUUGCACUUUUCAGAUUUA